UGACAACCAUAUUUAUAGAUUUAGGGCAGAUGAAAAGAACUUGUCUGCUGCUGGUCUAAAAUAAUAGCUGAUCUCUGCAUGUAAUCAGCUCUGUGAACUGAGCACAUCAACCAGCGUCCAGCGACUGUAAACAGAAAAGCAGGAUCGCCCACAAGCUAAACAGCCUGCAAAUGUGCCGACGUGAUAGCUUCACAGAAGGUUGUCCUACCACAUCUCUUACAAAUUGCAAUGGAGGCAGACAAGCUAAGUAACGUUAGCAAAAAAUAGACACGACUUUCACUGCAGUUGGAAUAUUCAUACGUUGGUGAAUAAUUCGAAUGCAUAUAUUCUGUCUCCGAGUAGCUGUUAUGCACGACAAAUAGCUUGCAGUGCGCUUUUGCAAAAAAAAACAUCUAGUUGACAUGGUAGCUAGUCAACUAACCUAGCCUAUAUGUAGCUAGCUAGUUAGCUAUGCCAGUUAACGUUUGGAUCAGCUAAUUCGUCGAGGACUGCACUUGGUUUGGCUGUCAACCAUCUCGACGAUUUGCAGAACCAUAAAGGCUUUGAUCUUGUAGAGCACUAUCUGACCUCACCACCGUCCCCUCAGCUCCCCCCACCCCUAGCCCUGGCCAUGACCUCAGGUGAGACCGUGCACUACAUCCACCUCCACAACUCGAGCCAGUCAGUGCUGGAGGCACUGCGCUCUCAGCGGCGCGAGGGCCUCUUCUGUGACGUGACCGUGCGGAUCCACGACGCCUCGCUGCGGGCCCACGCCUGCGUUCUGGCCGCCGGCAGCCCCUUCUUCCAGGACAAGUUGCUGUUGGGCCACUCGGAGAUCUCGGUGCCGCCGCUGGUGCCGGCCGAGACGGUGAAGCAGCUGGUGGACUUCCUCUACAGUGGCUCGCUGGUGGUGCUCCAGUCGCAGGCCCUCUGCAUCCUCACGGCGGCCAGCAUCCUGCAGAUCAAGACCGUCAUCGACGAGUGCACCCAGAUCAUCUCCCAGAAGCGCGGUGUGGUGGGCGGAGGCCCCGGAGGGGGCAGUGGAGGUGGCAGCGGUGGCGGCGGCGGCGGGGGUGGUGGUGCCGCGGGCGGCGGAGGAGGCCAUUCCUCAGGUGGAGUCCUGCCCAAGCAAGAAGAGAGGGGAGGAAGCAAAGGGAGGGACAGUGUAGGCACCAGCAGCAGCGGCAGUGGUUGCUUCCCAGGUUUCGCCAACUUUGGCAUGGGCGACUGCAGUGCUGCAGGCGGCCUCGGAGCCAACAUGGGUGGCGGCAACGCGGUGGCCACCAGCCAGAGUGGGGCCAACCCGCUCGACCCGCCCACCUCCAUGGGCCUCAUUUCCCUCGGGGACAUGGGGCCCGUGUCCAUGUGCCGCGCUGACGCCAUGGGCUCCGUGGCUGGCGCUGGUUCUGGCAUCAUGAAGUCGGGCUCAAGCUGUGCCCAGGACAUGCGGUACAAGCUGAGAGACCUGCUGGCCCAGUCCGGCGAUGCCGGUGGUGGUGGCGGCGGCGGGAGUGCCAGCAGCGACGCGGGGAGCGCUCACUCCACCUGCGGCUCAGCGGUGGGUGGCGCAGAUGGCAGCGGCAACAUGGGCAGAGACGGCAUGCGCAGCAACAUGUCCGACCUGGGCUCCGUGGGCGAGGACCUGGUGGUGGGGAUGGAGCACUACAGCGGAGAGGAAGACAUGGAGGGGCAGGACCGCGGACGAGACGUAGACAGGGAGAGGGGAGUAAGCCAUAGCCGCAAGCAGAGGCAGCCACUCAGGUUACAGGUCCUUGGAGGAGAGGAGGUGGUGGUGAAGGACGAGAGCAUCCAGGAGGCAGAUGCGGCCCUGUUCGGGCUGGACCAGGGCAGGCAGGGGGGAGACCACGACGGAUCCCAGCAGCAGAUGGCCACCUUCGGCCAGGAGGGGGUUUUCUAUGAUGACCAAGGCGUGUUUUCGGAAAGUUUCUGGCCACAGACGGAAACGCCUCAGUCCAUGACCUUUAACCCCAGAGGGCGAGUCAACAAGCCGCUCUCCCCCCCAACCUCUUCGCAGUCCAUCAACAAUCAGCUGCUUUUCCAGUACCCAGUCAGCCAAUCGCAGCCCUCGUCCUUCUACGUGGGCACCCCGAUGGGGAUUGACAGCAUGGCCGGGGCGGAGAACAAUCCGCCGGCCCAACCGCCGGCACCGCUUACCCCCGCGCCCCAGGCCACGACCGGGCCCUGCUCCACAGGCCCCACCCCUGCUGCCCAGGGAUCCGAGACGUCUUUCGACUGCACCCACUGCGGGAAGUCCUUGCGCUCCAGGAAGAACUAUAGCAAGCACAUGUUCAUUCACUCUGGCCAAAAGCCUCACCAGUGCAGCAUCUGCUGGCGCUCGUUCUCGCUGCGCGACUACCUCCUCAAGCACAUGGUGGUGCACACGGGCGUACGCGCCUUCCAGUGCUCCGUGUGCGCCAAGCGCUUCACGCAGAAGAGCUCGCUCAACGUGCACAUGCGCACGCACCGCGUGGAGCGCACCUUCUCCUGCCCCGUGUGCCACCGCGCCUUCACCCACCGCACGCUGCUGGAGCGCCACGCCCUGCAGCACGGCCACGGCGGACCCGCCCAGCCCAAGCCGCCAGGCGGCAGCAGCCCUGGCAUGGGAGGCGGUAGUGUACCGGGCCACGGCUCCUCUACCUAGCUAAUGUUUGCUAAUCAGCCACUUGGGAGCUGACUGUUUAAGGGGGUUUGUAAGCUAAGUCGGAGAGAGCUAAAAUGGGGUGGGGGGGGAAGUGAGAGCAUGGUCCAAAGCCUGUUAUUUUUUUCCCUUGUUGUUGCUGUUAUUGUUGUUGUUGUUGUUAUUAUUGUUUGUUUCAGGAGAAAGGGAGGGUAGUGGAUUCCAGUGCAUGGUAAGUGAUUUUUUCAAGAGGGUUAAAAAAAAAAAAGAAGAAAAAAAUAACAUUCGCACAUAUGACAGCAUGGGAAUAUUUACCAUGGGGAAAUUAAGUUUGGAAUGACACAUCAUUACAUACCUCAGUUCAUGAAGAAAACCGGAAAAACAAAGAACACCUCUUUCAAUGUGAAAAUUGCCUCUCAGUUUCAAAUGUGAUGUCUAUAUAUUGUGUACGUGUUUUUGUUUGUUUAUGUUUUUAUAAUGUACUCUUAAUCUUAAGCUACAGCUAUCUUUUGGCCAUUAGGAAAGGUCAGCUCAGCCACUCAUUAACAGAUGGCUUUAAACUAAGAAAGAAAACUUCUAAA